UUGAGCCUCCUAACCAGUGUUGCUUGGUUUUUCCCAAGGUUAACAGGGUUUUUCAUUACCUUUGCUAUCUGCUUGGGAAAGGGUGAGAGGGGAAAGCUUGCGUCUGCACUCUUCAACAUCCUCAGAGAAAUUAUUAUGAAACUGGUUUUCAUGAACAUGUGGUACUGCCCAGUGGGCAUGAACUCUCUGAUGUGUGUGAAGAUUGCUGCCAUUGGGGACCUUGAGAAUAAAAGACAAGGUCUGUUCCUGGAGAUGGGCACUGAUGGCACAGUGAGGGGGACCCCAGAACAAACUGCAAACAGUGUGCUGGAGCUGAGGUCUGUGCGAGCUGGUGAAACGGUCAUUAGGGGAGUAUUGUCAUCUCUUUACCUGUGUGUGGACAGAACUGGACGUCUGAGGGGAGAGAGGUUGUACAUGGAGGCAGACUGCACCUUCAACGAGUCGCUGCUGGAUGGAUACACUCUUUUCUUGUCCAAGCAUCAUGGAUUUCCUGUGUCGCUGGCACCGAAGCUGCUUCGGGAUAAACAAUUCCCUCCUUUCUCCCAGUUUCAACCUCUAAGAAAUCUGCUGUCUUCGGGGAAGGAGAAAGAAGAAAGACAGAACGAAAAUGCAAAGCCAGAGCAACAGCGUCUGGAUAUUGACUCUGAGGAUCCCUUCGGAAUGGGUCUCCAGGUCUCUGUGCGUAGUCCGGGAUUCCACAGUAUGGAAUGAGGCACAGAUCCGAGGGUCAUUGCAUGCCCUUAUCUGUUUACCAGAAAUGUAUUUUCCCGAAAAAGAAAAUGUGAUGAUGUAGCAACCCGUUUGUGCUACUAGCUAAGAUUUGUAUUGUUAAAGGAUAUGGUUGUUGAGGUAAUUCAGAAACGUACUGCGAGUCCAGUGUGUCUUAGUUUAUCUUGAAUUGUAAAUAUUGCAGAUUAUUGCUCAAGAACCUUCUGCUCUUGCAGUUGUGGGGCUGUGAGUUUGCCAAGCAGAGGACUUUAAGGCGAAAUAUUCUGUGGUAUGUUCUCGGAUCUCUUGUUAUUUGAGCUGCAGUUAUUUUAUAUCCUAAUUUAUUAUGUUAAAUAUUUUUAUAUUUAACAUUUAUCACUCUUAGCAUUGCAGUAUUUGUGUUAUUGUGUCAUGUUUUCAUAUUACUUAUUUAAUCUUAUUUAAAUUAAGAGAUUGUGAGCCAUAUU